GUUUGUACUCGGGCCUACGCUAUCCGCUCCUAUUCGUCCCUCCCACUCUUCCAACACACACCACAGCACACAACACCCUAUACCCACACAACGUUCGAUGGUGAGCUCGACGCAGUCCGCUUCACAUGCCACGCGAUCCUGGUUAAGGAAGAACCAGCGACCAUGGCAAAGGGUCUAGACAAGCAGCCACCACAGCAGCAGGCUAACCCAAUCCCUUCUCCAACUCCCCCAACUGCUGCCCCCCAAGCUUCCCCAACUACCCCGAAGCAGGGCUCUGCCGUUCGCGGAGCAUCCCUGCUCAUCGUCCUCCAGAUCGCGUCGCGCGCCGUCACCUUCGUCGCCAACCAGCUGCUCCUCCGUUUCCUCACCGCCCAGCUCCUGGGCGUCUCGACCCAGCUCGAAGUGUACUACCUCUCCGUCCUGUUCUUCGCUCGCGAAAGCCUGCGCGUGGCUAUCCAGCGCCAGGAGAGCCCGUCCACGCGGUCCGACAAUGCGAGCGACACCGCCAAGGCCAGGUCCGCGAACGCGCGAGACAGCCAGGCUGUUAUCAACAUCGCCCACCUAUCCUUACUCCUAGGCCUGGCUUCCUCGGUCGGCCUGGGCUGGGCCUAUCUCCGCUACGUCGACGCUUCGACCGCCGCGACGCCGUACCUCGACGUCGCGCUCCGCAUCUACGGCGUCGCGGCUAUUGUCGAAUUGCUUUCCGAGCCGGCGUUUGUGAUCUUGCAAUACCGACUGCGUUUCGGCCCUCGAGCCGCCGCCGAAUCGAUCGCGACGUUUCUGCGGUGUCUGGUGACCUUUGGGGCGGCCAAUUGGGCGUGGAAGCAGGGCUUCGAAAUCGGCGUCUUGCCGUUCGCGCUCGGACAGCUGGCCUACGGCUUCGGUCUCCUCGCUGUGUAUAUGUGGUUUGGGGCGCAACUGGCGUCAUCCGAGGGUUUUUCUCUUCUGUUGAAGAGGAGCGCGCCGCUAGAGCAGAAGAGCGAAAAGACGGACGGGCCAGGGGCUGGUUACGUGCUUGGGUACUUUUUUAAGCCUACUCUACAGCUCGCGUCUAGCUUGACGGCGCAAUCGUUCGUGAAGCACAUCCUUACCCAGGGCGACACGUUUCUAGUCUCUAUCCUUUCUGAUCCCGGGUCGCAGGGCGUGUACGCCCUGGCCAAUAAUUACGGGGGCUUGCUCGCGCGCUUGGUCUUCCAACCUAUCGAGGAGAGCAGCCGGAAUUACUUCAGCAAGUUGCUCUCCUCUGCUAAGGGUUCGCCGGAUAAGCAGGUUGUCGCUAAGGCUAGGUCGGAUCUCCAGGCUCUGCUGAAAUUCUACGUUCUUCUGGGCGUGUGUGUCGUCACGGUGGGCCCUUUCGCGGCGCCCCUGCUGAUCCAGAUCGUCGCGGGAUCGAAAUGGUCCACCAGCGGAGCAGGAGCCGUACUGGCGCGGUAUUGCCUGUACAUCCCUCUCUUGGCCAUCAACGGCGUCGCGGAAGCAUUUGUCUCGUCCGUUGCUACGGAGUCCGAGGUCCAUAGACAGAGCCUGUGGAUGGGCGCGUUCAGUUUAGCUUUUGGCGUAGCCGGGUUCGUCUCCUUACGGGUCUUAGACCUAGGCGCUGCCGGUCUCGUGUACGCGAAUUGCAUUAAUAUGCUGUGCCGUAUUAUCUGGAGUGGGACUUUCAUUUCGCAAUAUUUUAGGGGUAAUGGAGCCGACUUUGGCUGGAGUGGCGUUCUUCCGGAUGGCUUAGCGCUGUCGACGUUGGCUACUGCUGCCUUUUGGGCUUCUCUGACGAGAGCCGGUAUCUCCGUCGGCACUGUGUCGCCUCACGUUUUUCAAGAUCUAAUCACGGUUGCAGUUCGAGCUGUGCCCUUUGCGAUCGUUAUCGCCUAUACUGAACGCAAAUAUCUGCUGAGCUGCUAUCACACCCUCCGCGGCCGUAGCCAAGCGGCAGGGUAAUGCCAGACUAAACAUAGUCUGCUUGUUCUAUAGAAAGUAGUCCGCUACGCUUUAGCAUCAUUAAUCAUCGAACGUGAUCUUCGUGCCCUUCUGGUUCAUAUCGACGUCCUUGAAGAACGCCCCGUAAGUACCGUGAGCCUUCUUCUUGACCGUGGUUCCAAAUUUGAGAAGGUCCUCAGGAACCGGUUGUCCGGCUUGCUUAAGGAUAUUGAUGAGCCUG